UUUCUUUAUAAAUAUUUUCUUCUCCAUACCAUUCUUUUCCCAUCAUAACCAAAACAAGAAAAAAAGAACAAAUUAAACCUGCCGCCGCAGAUGGCCCGAGCUCUGCCUUUGUAUUCAGUAGUUUUGUUAGUUUGUUUAUUGGGGUUUGGCAGUGCCGGUGAUUUGAACAAGGACUUGGAGAUAACAUGGGGUGGCGAUCGGGCAAAGCUUCUCGAUGCCGGUAACACAUUGACACUGUCGCUUGAUAAAGGCUCCGGCUCCGGCUUCCAAUCAAGGAACCAAUAUUUGUUUGGGAAAAUCAACAUGCAGAUUAAACUCGUCCAUGGAAACUCUGCUGGGACUGUCACCGCGUAUUAUUUACGUUCUGAUGAGUCAAGAUGGGAUGAGAUAGACUUUGAAUUUUUGGGAAACCUUAGUGGUGACCCAUACAUUGUUCAUACAAACAUCUUCACUCAAGGCAAAGGUGAUAGAGAGCAACAAUUUUACCUUUGGUUUGAUCCAACUGCUGAUUUUCACACUUAUUCCUUUCUAUGGAAUCCCCAAACUAUCAUAUUCUACGUAGAUGGGACUCCCAUACGUGAGUUCAAGAACAAAGAAUCCAAAGGCAUUCCAUUCCCCAAAAGCCACCCAAUGAGGCUUCAAUCAAGUCUAUGGAACGCCGACGAUUGGGCGACAAGAGGAGGCCGAGUGAAGACCGAUUGGACUCAGGCUCCUUUCACUGCCGCCUACCGAAACUUCAACGCCGAUCAAGCCUGCAUUUGGUCCACCUUGGGCUCCUCCUCUUGCGGCAAUGGCUCGUCGAAAAACGAUUCUUGGCUGUCCCAACAGUUGGACUCAGCCGGCAGGCAAAGGCUUAAGUGGGUACAAAGAAACUACAUGGUUUACAAUUAUUGCACUGAUUCUAAGAGGUUCUCUCAUGGCCUUCCCCCCGAGUGUAGUGUUUGAUGUUUUAAUUUGUUGAAUAUGAAUAAUUAGUAGGCUUUAAGCCUUGAGUUAAUCAAUAAUGUUUGAUUUAAUUUGGUUGUA